AUGAGUUUAAUUACAUUUGAACCUCAAUCAACAUCAACACCCAAAAAAAUCAAUACAACACCGAUUCAAAAUUUAUGUUCGACUCCGCGUCCUAUCCAUUUUCGUUAUUCUCUCUCGAAAUGUGCACCACUACCUAUUGAUUCAUCAACACCAAUUGCAAGAAAAAGCCGAAAAUCUCUUGCACCGAGUAUGCACCAUCUGAUGUAUCCAUCAAACACUCCAACAGCACAUUCUAUGAAAAUUUGGGUCCUAUAA